AUAGACGCUGAAAGUGAAAAUUGACUCCUCUUCUGUUCUCGUGAUAUCAGUCAAAUUUUUUUAUCGUUAUUUUUUUGCAAGCCGAUUUUAUUAAUUACGCCGAAUAAUUCCGCAUAGAAUGAUAAUAUUUAUUAUGUUAUAGCAUUAAUAGAAGUUGCACAUAAAUUUUUAUUCGUUCUGUCAAGUCAUCAAGUUCCCCAGGUAAAAAUGGAAUCGAAAAAAGCCAAUGGAAGUUCCGCAAAGAAGGAGUCAUUACUACCGAUUAGUCGUAUUAGAAUUAUUAUGAAAAGUUCUCCCGAUACUGAAAAUAUUGGUCAAGAUUCACUAUUUCUAGUAGCUCGAUCAACGGAACUAUUCGUCAAGUAUUUAACGCAUAAAGCUUAUGAAAUGCAUAAACGAGAAAAACAAAAAGUCCUAGAUUAUCCUUCGUUAGCUGAUGCAGUACAAACUAUGGAAAGUAUGGCAUUUCUGAAAGAAAUAAUGCCUAGAAAAAUUACUGUGAAAGAAUAUAAAGAAAAACUGCAGAAUUUAGAUUCAGAUUCAAAUGGUGAAGAAUCUUCUUAGUUCUUAAUCUACCUCAAGAUGUUACUCUUGUAACGUUUUAUAAAACCUCAGCGUAUUGUAUUUUUAAUUAUUAUUUUUAAUUUUGUAUUUAUUUGAAAAUGAUUUGAUCUAAACAAAAGUAUGUAAUAUAAUUA